AUGGCUAUUAGACCACCAAUUCAAAUAAAAGAAGUAGUUAGAUUAGACAGAUUUGUCAAACCAGAAAGUAUUGGAUUUACCAGUGUUUCUAUUGAAGGAGAUAAACAUUUUACAGUAUUAGAAAAAGGAGAAGAGAAAAGAGUUAGAAUAUUCCAUAAUAAUAAAAUUAAUAGUCCAGAUUCAAGAUCAUGUGGUGCAGAUUUUGCUAUUAUGCAUCCAACAAAACAAAUUAUGGCAGUUGCUGCAGGAACUACAGUUCAAAUGUUUGAUGUUCAAUCUAAAUCUAAAGUAGCAGAUAUAACACUUCAAACACCAUUAGUAUUUUGGAAAUGGGCUAAUGAACAUAUUUUAGCUAUUGUAACAUCAACAACAGUAUUUCAUUUUGAUUUAAAUAAUCCAAAUAUUGCACCAAAGAAAAUUGUUGAUAGACAUUCAGAACUUGCAGCAUCACAAAUUAUUGGAUAUAAAAUUGAUCCAACAGAAAAAUGGGUUGCUAUUCUUGCAUUAUUACAAAAAAAUAAUGAAAUUAUUGGAAAAAUUCAAUUAUAUUCUAUUGAAAAGAAUGCAUCACAAAUUAUAGAUGGAUAUGCAGCUAGUUUUUAUAAUUAUAAAUUUGAUGGAGCAUCACAAGCAUCAGUUAUGUUUGCAUUUGCACAAAAAUUCCCAACACCAAGACUUGGAUUAAUUGAAGUUAUUAAAGGAGAAGUAUCUAAACCAAAUGUAAAUACAGUAAUUGAUAUACCUAUUCAACCACAACAACAAGCAGAUUUUAUGGUAGGAUUAGUUGUUUCAAUAAAAUAUGAAACAAUAUUAUUAAUAUCAAGAAUGGGAUAUAUUUAUGGAUUUUAUUCAGGAGAUGGUACAUUAUUUUUCCAAGGAAGAGUAAUUGAUGAUAUUAUUUUCUUAACUGCAUAUAAUCAAAGUACAGAUGGAGUAACAGUUGUAGGAAAAAAAGGAGUUGUAACUAAUAUUUAUAUUGAAGGAGAUAAAUUAGUUCCAUUUAUUUGUAAUGGAUUAAAAAAUGUUGGACUUGGAUGUAAAGUUGCAGCUAGAUGUAAUCUUCCAGGAGCUGAUGAUAUUUUUGUAGAAAGAUUUAAUGCACUUUUAAAUGCAGGACAAAUUAGAGAAGCAGCUCUUAUUGCAGCUAAUUCACCAGGUGAAUUAAUUAGAAAUUCAAAUACAAUUAAUAAAUUAAGUCAAAUGCAAGCACAACCAGGACAAAAUCCACCAUUAUUCCUUUAUUUUGCUACUAUUUUAGAAACUAGUUCACUUAAUGCACUUGAAGGAUUUACUCUUAUUCAAUUACUUAUUCCACAAAAUAAACUUCCAGCAGUUGAAGCAUGGAUUGUAAAUGAUAAAAUAGAAUGUAGUGAAAAAGCAGGAGAUUUAGUUAAACCAUAUGAUCAAAGACUUGCAUUAAUGAUUUAUUCUAAAGCACAUGCUACAGGAAAAGUAGUUCAAUCAUUAGCAGAAAUGGGACAAAGUGAUAAAAUAGUUGCAUAUUGUGAAAGAGCAGGAUUUUCACCAGAUUAUCUUCAAAUUCUUCAACAAAUUCUUCCAGCAUCAGGAGAAGCUGCUAAAGCAUAUACUACAAGUUUAAUUCAACAAAAAGGAUAUGAUGAAUUAGAUAUGAUUUCAAUAAUAGAUCUUUUUGCUAGAUAUAGAUAUCUUAAAGAAAUUACUGCAUUAAUACUUGAUACUCUUGAUGGAGAUAAUGAACAAUAUGCUAAUAUUCAAACAAAAAUUCUUGAAAUGAAUUUAAUUGGAGCACCACAAAUUGCUGAUACUAUUUUUGAGAAUGAUAUGUUAAAACAUUUUGAUCAUAAUAGAAUUGGUAAAUUAUGUGAACAAGCUGGAUUAUUUAAAAGAGCACUUCAAAUUUUUGAAGAAUUUGAUGAUAUUAGAAGAGUUCUUGCACACGCAUCUGCUAUUCCACCAGAAUUAAUUAUUGAAAGUUUUAGAAAAUUAGAACCAGAACAAGCAAUUCUUGUUCUUCAAGAUCUUUUAAGAACAAAUCCAAGAGGAAAUCUUCAAAUUAUUAUUAAAAUAUUACUUGAAUUCCAUACUGGACUUGGAGAUGAUAAAGUGAUUGAUUUACUUCAAAAAUUUGAUUGUUGGGAAGGAUUAUUUUAUUUCUUAUCUCAAAUUGUUAAUACUACUAAUGAUAAAAUGGUUGUAUUUAAAUAUAUUGAAGCAUGUGCUAGAUCUGGACAAUUCCAAGAAUUAGCACGUGUUGUUCAAGAAAAUGAUGUUUAUGAUCCAAAUGAAGUUAAAGAAUUCUUAAAAAAUGCAAGAAUUGCAGAUCAAAUUCCAUUUAUUAUUGUUUGUGAUAAACAUGGAUAUGUUGAAGAAAUGACACAAUAUCUUUAUCAAAAUGGAAAUCAUAGAUUUAUUGAAGCAUAUGUUAAAAAAAUUAAUCCAAUGAAUACUCCAAAAGUUGUUGGUGCAUUAUUAGAUUGUGGAUGUGGAGAAGAUUAUAUUCAACAAUUAAUUAAUGCAGUUGGAGGUAUUUGUCCAGCUGAUGAAUUAAUUAAAACAUGUGAAAGUAGAAAUAGAUUAAUUAUAUUAUUACCAUGGUUAGAACAAAGAUUAUCUGAAGGAUCUCCUGAUGUUUCUCUUCAUACAGCUCUUGCUAAAGUUUAUGUUGAUCAAGGAAAAGAUGCAGAGAAAUUUUUAAAUAAUGAUAUGUAUUAUGAUUCAUUAAUUGUAGGUAAAUAUUGUGAAGAUAGAGAUCCAUAUUUAUCAUAUAUUUGUUAUAAGAGAAAGAAUUUAGAUGAUGAAUUAAUUGAUGUAACUAAUAGACAUAAUUUAUUUAAAUAUCAAGCAAAAUAUCUUGUUGAAAGAGAAGAUCUUGAAUUAUGGAAUAAAGUAUUAACAGAAGAAAAUGAACAUAGAAAGAGUGUUGUUGAACAAGUUAUUCAUACUGCACUUCCAGAAUGUAUUGAUCCAAAUCAAAUUCUUAAAACUGUUCAAGCAUUCCUUCAAAAUGAUCUUCCAAAUGAUUUGAUUGAUUUAUUAGAUAAAUUAGUUUCACAAAAUCCAGAAUAUAGUACUAAUCCAACAUUACAAAAAUUAUUAAUUCAAACUAGUAUUAAAGCAGCACCAAAUAGAGUUAUGGAUUAUAUUAGAAAACUUAAUGAUUAUGAUCCAAAAGAAAUUGGUGAAAGUUGUAUUGCUGAUAAUUUAUUUGAAGAAGCAUAUGAAGUUUACACUAAAUUUGAUUUACAAGAAGAAGCUAUGGAUGUAUUAUUACAAUAUAUUAAAGAUCUUACUCGUGCUAAAGAUUUUGCUGAUAAAGCUAAAAAAGAUAUUUUAUAUAAAAAACUUGGAGAAGCACAACUUAAUGAAAUGAAAGUUAAAGAUGCUAUUAUUUCAUUAAUGAAAGCUAAAGAUAUUAGUUUAAGAUCUAGAGUAAUUGAUAUUGCAGAAUCAGAUGGAUCAUAUGAAGAUUUAAUUAAUUAUUUACUUAUGUGUAAAGAAGAAACUAAAGAUAUGAUAGUUGAAACAGAAUUAUUAUAUUGUUAUGCUAAAUUGAAAAAGAAUGAAGAAAUAGAAAAUUUCCUUAAAACAGCUAAUUGUGCAAAUCUUACAUCUAUUGCAGAAAGAUGUUAUAAUGAAGAAUUAUAUGGAGCUGCUAAAAUUCUUUAUACAUCAUUAAAUAAUUAUAUUAAAUUAGCAUCUUGUUUACUUAAAUUAAAAGAUUAUGCUGGAGCUGUAGAAGCUGCUAAAAAAGCUAAUAGUACUAGAACAUGGAAAGAAGUUACAUUUGCAUGUAUUGAUGCAAAAGAAUUUACAUUAGCACAAGAAACAGGAAUUAAUAUUUUAAUUGCUGGAGAUGAAAUUACUGAAUUAGUUUAUUAUUAUGAAAAGAAUGAAUUAUAUGAUCAAGUUAUUGAAUUACUUGAAGCAGGAUUAAAAAUUGAAAAUGUUCAUGUUUCUAUGUUUACUGAAUUAGCUAUUCUUUAUUCUAAAUAUAAAGAAGAAAAAUUAUAUGAUUAUCUUAAACAAUAUAUUACUAAAAUUCAAUGUCAAAAAGUUAUUCCAACAGUUAAUAUGAAUCAACAAUGGAAAGAACUUGUAUUCCUUUAUGUUCAAGUUGAUCAAGUUAAAGCUAUUGAAACUAUGAUUUCAUAUCCAGAUAAUUGUUUUGAUCAUCAAUUAAUGAAAGAAUUAUUAAUUAGUGUUCCAAGAAUUGAUAUGAUUUAUAAAGCUGAAUCAUAUUAUCUUGCAGAAAAACCAGAAAAAAUUAAUGAAAUGUUAAUUGCUGUAGCUCAUAGAUGUGAUCAUACUCAAGUUAUUUCUAUUGCUCGUAAAGAAAAAGAUCUUAAUACUAUUCGAGAAUAUCUUCUUUAUUGUCUUGACUUAAAUAAUGAUUCAGUUAAUGAAGCACUUAUUGAUCUUUUCAUUGAUGAUGGUGAUGCUAAGAGCUUAAAGAGUCUUAUUGAAAAGAAUACAAACUUCAAUAAAAUUGGAUUAGCUAAUAGAUUAAAAGUUCAUGAAGAUAUUGAAUUUAGAAAAAUUGCUGCAUAUCUUUAUAGUAGUUCUGAUGAUUAUAAGAGUGCAAUUGAAUUAUGUAAGAAAGAAGGAUUUGAUGAUGAUGCUAUGGAAAUUGCUAAAAAAUCUAAAGAUGAAGAAAAAGUUACUGAUUUAUUAAAUUUCUUUGUAGAACAAGAUAAGAAAGAAGCCUUUGGAAAUUGUUUGAAUGUUUGUUAUGAUUAUGUUCCAACAGAAGUAGCACUUGAACUUGGAUAUAAGAAUAAAUUAAUGGACCAAACAAUGCCAUUUAUGUGUAAGAAAAUGAAAGAUACUAAUGAUAGAAUUAAAAAACUUGAACAAGCUGAAAAAGAUAGACAAAAUGCUAAAAAAGAACCACAACUUGCUCAACAAGAUACUCCAUUCGGUAUGUUAGCUCUUCCUGCUGCACCAGGUAUGAUGCCAAUCCAACAACCAAUGGGUGGAAUGGGUAUGAUGAAUCAACCAAUGCAAGGUAUGACUCCUUCUAUUCAACCCCAAACUGCUAUGGGUGGAAUGGGUAUGAUGAAUCAACCAAUGCAAGGAAUGACUCCAAUGGGAACUACAUCAACUUCAAAUGGUGAAUUCAUUUUCUAA